AUGGAUGAAGACCAUUAUCCACCCAAUUCAGAUGAUAAUUACUCAUACGAAUAUUCUUUUAAUGAAAGCAAUAUCUGCGAAAUGGGUGACUAUUUUGUAUUUUACACCCAUCUCACUACUGUCCUCUACACUCUGGCAUUUUUGCUCAGCCUGCUAGGAAACACUUUAGUGUUAUGGAUCCUAUUCAAAUAUGAAAACCUUACAUCUUUAACGAACGUCUUCAUCAUGAAUCUCUGUGUCUCAGAUUUAGUCUUCUCCUGCAUGCUGCCCAUCUGGGCAGUGGACCAGUCCUUUGGGUGGAUUUUUGGUGAGUUCCUUUGCAAAGCAAUGAAUGCUAUUUUCUCCAUCGGGUACUACAGCGGUGUUUUCUUUUUGACUCUCAUGACUAUCCUGCGGUACUUGUCCAUAGUGAACCCCCUUUCGACUUUGAGAUCCCAGACUCAGUGCUGUGGUUUUCUGGUGAGCUUGGUUGUUUGGACUGGUAGCAUAUUAAUCGUGGUUCCUGAGGUGAUUCACACCACAGUGCAAGAAAACUUGGAAGGGGACAAGACCUGUGAUUAUGCUGACUGGAAAUGGAAAAAGGUGGACAUUUAUCAGAGGAAUGUACUCUUCCUGUUUUCCUUUGGGGUGAUCGUAUUCUGCUACUUCAAGAUACUGCUAAUCCUGCUUGGAGCAAGAUCUCGCAGAAAGCACAGAACUGUGAAACUCAUCCUUAUUAUUGUGAUGGCUUUUUUCCUGAGCUGGGCACCUUACAACAUCCUCAGCUUUAUGAUUACUUUUCCACCACCUACCUGUCAGUAUCAAAAAGACUCCAACCUUGCCUUUCACAUCAGCCGUAAAAUUGCUUUCUCCCACUGCUGCCUCAACCCUGUGCUCUAUGUAUUUGUUGGAGUCAAGUUCAAGAGGCAUUUGUUACGCUUAUGCAGUCAGUAUUUACCCUGUGGCAAUGGUCAAGUCUCCAGUCCCAGGAUCUGCUCUCAAGGCAAAUUCCACUAUGAAGGUGCAUCCAUCUACUGA